AUGAGCGACGACUCUCGGGGAGGAUCCCCAGACUGGCUGCGUAAUUUCCAGGUGUGAUUUUCCUUCCUUUCUCUGCAUUCCUUGUUAGUUUUUGUCGUCUUUGGGCUCGAGGGAGUAGGUUUCGGUCGAAGAAUGUAUUCGAUCUUUGAUCUCGUAGUGCUGCAGAUCAUUUGACGAGGAACUCACCAAGGCUCGAUAUUAUAAGGAUUUUUUUUUUUCAGAAUUUGAUGCUCUGUGAUAGUCUGGUCGUGGGUUAGCCUGCGUGAGAACACUGAGCUCUAGGCAGACGUUAUUUUUAGAAUAUUAUCCCCUGAAAAUAGAUCCAUUCAGCAAAAGCAGAAAGAUGUGAGCAAGAUGUUUAAGUGCACGCUUUGAAGCGGCAAUCCAAUUUGGAGGCGAUAAUGUAUUUUUCAUUUUGUUUCGUGAUAACAUUGCGCGUUUAAUCCUGUGAAAAUGGAAUCCGUCUGCUUUGAAUGCGUGAGAAGAGUAGCGGAACGUACGUAUGAACUUUUGUGUUGAUGAUUAUUGUUCCAUCGUUUGGCCAGACACCUGCUACCGGCUCCAUCCAUUCGUUGUCUUCAGAUUCGGGUUCUUCACAGAUCAAUAGCUCCGUUAGGGACAAGGAUGGCGACCAUCAUGGAGAACUGGUUGGGCAAUCACCAGUGAAAGAGCCAAGCGAGAAUCCUAUUCUCAUUGACAGUGGGAAUGAGAGUCCGGAAAACCGGGACAAGGGGGUUCAAAACCCAAAGAAUCAGAAGCGAACAGCUCCUAAUAGAUCUUUGAAGCACUCAGCACAAAAGAAAACCGGGAAUCAGGGAAAUCAUAAGAGAAACGGAACGCAAGCAAAUAAUCAUGAUGUACAUGAAGGUUGGUGUUGAUGGAAGUGAUUAUAUUUGAUUAAUUCCGGAUCAACCGAGCUUGAUGUGCUUCAAUGUAAAAAAAAUUUAGUCGCUUUUUUACAACUUGUUCGUCAUAUUUUAUGUUACGCAGGAAUCAGUGAUGUGCACGAAAGGGAACCUGUGGUGGAAGAUGCUUCAGAGAAGCCGGUUAUGUCCAAUGUAAGCUCCUGGAAUGUCACUGGUGUGUCUGAUUGUUAUGCUUCAUGCUUAAUGAAGCACCUGUUAUAUAUUCUAUCAAGUUACCUUCUGCCUUUAUACAAAAUGCAGUUUGUUAAUAAUUUUAUUCGCGUAAUUGUAAAAAAAAUGCCAUUAAAUCCAUUGAAUUUAGGGCGUUACUUCAUGCAAUAUAUGUCUUUAUGAUUCCAGGUCUCCUCAAGGUUGCCUCUGGUGAUAUCUGACAAAGUCCACCGUUCUAAGGUACCCUUAUUCACUGCAACUGUUGAAAUGGUAGAUUGAGUGUUUUCUCGGAUUAGGUGGUAUAGAUUAUAACAUCAGAGCAAUUUCUUUAUUUCUUCUUUCUUAAAGAUGCAUAUAUACGUAUGAAAUUGUGUGUAAUCUGUCGCAGUUCUUUUAGUCCCUGUAAUUCUCUUCAUUGAUUAUUCACGUUUACAACCCGUCAACGAUUUAAAUGGAUGGUCGAACAUUCUCAUCCCCAACACCUCCUCACCACCAAGAAAAAAAAUGGAAACAACUUUGUGUGAGAACUUCUCUUCUGAAGCCACUUAUCUUUGAAAUUUAUGGAGACAAAUUAUGUGGCUAAAUGAAUGGGAAGUUUUCUUUCUGAUAUAUUGUUUAAGUUAUCUUAGAUACUGGUGCAGAGCAUUCAGAGAAUUUUCUCGUUAACUUUCUAUUUGUGACCCUCGUCAUAACUGCAGAUGUUCUUCUCCCAUACAGGCACUAGUGGAAUGUGAUGAUGAGUCUAUAGACCUUAGUGGAGAUGUUGGUGCAGUUGGACGGAUCGUAAUUUCGGAAAAUUCUAAUGACAGUCAUGAAAUGCUCUUAGAUCUGAAAGGUUGCUUCUAUUGCAAGCCUCUCUCCCUCCCUCUCUCGCUCUCUCUCUCAAAUUUGUCAAAUGUGAUAGAACAGAUGAAAGUCACACUUGCCUUUCUGAUAAUUCAUGAUGAACGUUAAAUUCCUUCCUCUGUUGAAUGGGCAGUAAGGUUUGGGUAUCAUGCUAUUUGUGUUCUUGCUGUUUAUAAUGUCACUGUUUGAGUUGCCUUUUCUGUCCAUUGAUAGGCCCUGAAAAUACAAAACUUUCCUUGCUUCAGAUGUGGUCAGUGUUAUUAUUCAACUGAACAUAUUAGGUUCUUCAUUUGGCUCAACAAAAUCAAACUAUUCUCAGGAAAAUGAGGAGAUUCCUUUCAUAAAAUAGCUCAUCUGUGUCAACUUCAAUUGUCAUAGAACACCUUCUUAUUUUUCAUGUUUCAUGAUUUCUGCAGGAACAAUAUACAAAACAGCAAUAGUCCCUUCCAGGACUUUUUGCGUUGUAAGUUAUCAAUCCCCAUCUCGACAUUCUCUCUCUCUCUCUCUCUCUCUCUCUCUCUCUCUCUCUCUCUCUCUCUCUCUCUCUCUCUCUCUCUCUCUCUCUCUCAUACACACACAUACCGAUCAACGUCCUCUCAAAGAUAAACUUGUCCUAUUCUUUUCAACUACUAUUCUGCGAGUGUAACAUCCAUAUAUUUGUGCAGGUCAGCUUUGGACAGUCAGAAGCCAAGGUUUGUCUGCUUAGAAUCUCAGCAUUUAUUGUUCUACUUCUUCAAUUUGUUUCCAGAUUGAUAGUGAGCAUAUUCUCUUUUUUUUUCCUCUAGAAAUUAGAGUGAUUUUUUAUCUCGACGCGAAAGGUGGUUGUUUACAUUUGACAUAUUACAUAAGGAUAUUUUUGUUUGAACAUUUUGGCAAUGGAGUGAGAGAUGCUUCUGUGCAUACAUUCUUUGAUUUUUAUCUUAAGUUUUUUGUAAUAAAUUGAAACCUCAAAUGGUUCCAUUCGUUUUUUCAGUACAAAAUAAGUGCUGAGUGCAUAUGUUUUCCUAUUCAUGCUAAAGAUUUCUGAGUAUAGCUGUCAAAUGGUCUUCCUGACAUUAUACUAUCCCCCAUUAUAUUCGAAAGAAACUAAAAUUGUCCUUUGAGCUUGUGAUGGAACUACCAUAGCUGUUUCCAGAUUUCGUCUUCUUCGUUGAAACUUCAAUUCCUAUGUUAUGAUUUAAUUAUUCAAGCUAUAUUUUAGAUAGUUAUUUUCAUAAGAAGCAGUUACCCUUAAUUUUGUACCUCGUAACCAUUUUAUGUGUGCUCAUUUGAUGUCUCUCCAGAUAGAGGCUAUCAUGAAUGAUUUUGUCCAACUAAAGCCGCAUUCCAGUGUGUUUGAGGCUGAGACAGUGAUUGAAGGUUAGAUAUUUUUUCAGAUAAUCUUCUUCUUCCUGUGUCCUUCAUUUACCACAAGAUAAAUGGUAUUUUUUAUAUUCCCAUUGGCUUUUUAGCACUGGUACCUUAAGUUUAUCUGCGUCAUUUCUUUUCUUCAUACAUUUUUUUCUGAGUGGUGUUCUCAUUGCUUUAUCCUAGACUCUAAUAUUAAAAUAUUUUGUUUGCGGUUCAUGAUUAUACCUACUUCUGUAUAAAGGUUAAAAGAAAAAAGCUGUGCAUAUUAUCCUCAGUAGACUAUAGACAGUCACUUAAACAUUAGAGCAUCUACCUCAAAUGGAAGAUCAGUAACUUUUUCACAUCGUAAAAAAUUGCUUUGAAUGAGCAGAAAUGACAUUAUGAUUUAUAGUUUUGAAUUAGUUACGGUUGGCAGCGAACUAUUACUGUUUUACAGCAGUGUCACGCCCUUUCACGAUCAGAAACUAGACACCAAGUUAUGGUUCUUGGUUACAAUCUUUGACUUUUGAUGCUCUGUUAUUUUCUUCUUCAGGAGUUCUUGAUGGAUUUUCAUUUGACAUGGAUGAUGAGGGCGACCGGGCCCCUAAAUCUUCUGCUUAUCAAGGUGCCCAUGGUGAUAAAAGUGGAGAUCAUGGUGACGAGAAGAGUCAGGAAAAUUCUGACAAGUCAUUGGUAAUGUUGCAUCUGCCUGAAUCACUUCUUUCAUAUCACUUUGUUUGGAACAGAAAACCCAUUAUGGUUUCAUUCCUUUGUUAACUGAUUGA